UAAUAAAAGAUGGUAGAUAUAGCAGGAGUAGUUGUUCUGGCGGUCUUCUACCUCGUCAUUCUGGCGGUAGGAAUAAUUGCAGCAAAAUUCUCUAAGACGGAAGGGGCUUCCGAGACAGAACGAUCGUUAAUAGCUGGUAGACAACUGAAUCUCGGAAUCGGUAUCAUUUCGAUGGCAGCAAGUUAUAUCGGUGGCGGAUUCUUGAACGGAUACGCUGAAUCUGUGGCUAGGGAUGGAGUAAUCUGGAUGUUAAUGCCCGUUGGGUUAACGCUGGCACUUUUCAUCUCAUCGUUUGCUUUCGGAGGAGAGAUGCGUAAAAGGAAAUAUUUGACAAUGUUGGAUCCAUUCAAUGAGAAAUAUGGAAAGGAGGUGACUGCCGUCUUGUUUCUUGCGAGUCUGCUAGCCGACACGCUGUGGUCUGCUGCUAUAUUAACUGCAUUGGGUACAAGCCUUAAUGUUAUAAUUGGAUUGGAUUUUGUGCUGUCUGUGGUAGUAUCUGCCGUGAUUGCUGUAUUCUACACUAUGAUAGGACAGAUGAUAGCUGUAGUCUAUACAGACGUCCUAGAGUUGGCUUUCAUAGUCAUUGGUUUGGUAAUAGCAAUACCAUUUGCUGCAACAAAUGAAAAUGUCGACCUGAGUUCGCUCAGUGAAACACCAGAUAGAUGGCUAGGCACUAUCGAGCCGAUACAGAUUGCAUCGUACAUAGAUCUUGUCGUAGCGCUAUGGGUAAUUGGAAAUAUACCAUGGCAGAGUAGCAUUCAACGGUUCUUGUCAGCAAAAUCAGUUAGAGAUGCAAAGAUAAUGGGGGUUGUUGGAGGAAGUCUCUAUACUAUCAUUGGUGUAGCUCCAAUUACUAUUGGUGUUAUAGGACUUGCGACGGACUGGAACAAUACAAGUUAUGGUGAAGAUCCUAUACAAGGAAACAAGACAAGUAUGAUACUGCCUUUGGUGGUGUACCAUCUCACCCCUAGACCCGUUGCAGUCAUAGCCUUAUGCUCCUUGACGGCUGCAGUGAUGUCAUCCGUAGACUCCAUCAUAUUGGGAUCCAGUGGAAUGUUUACACAAAACGUCUAUGUAGUUAUCAUUCAUAAAAAGGCAUCAGUGCGGGAAAUAAUGUGGGUACAGCGAAUAACAAUGCUUGUAUUGGGUGUUGUCUCGUCAAUAAUUUCAAUAUAUGGGGAGAACACUGUCAUUGGAUUGUAUUAUGUGUGUACUGAGGUUGCCAUGGUGGUUCUAUUUCCUCAACUGUUAUGCAGUAUGUAUAUUGAAGUUGCCAAUGGGUAUGGUGCCUUAUUAGGCUCUGCUUUGGGAUUAGUACUUCUCUUCGGAAAGGGAAUUCCUUCAUUAAAUCUACUCGCUUUCAUUCCUUAUCCACCAUAUGACAACAAAUAUGAUAUAUUUCCCGUAAGAAGUCUGAGUGUAAUCGUUACCAUCUUGUCCACAGUUGUAAUCUCCUACGCUACAAAAAUGAUGUUCACGAAGAGACUCUUGGCAAGAAAAUUUGACAUUUUGAAUCAAUUCUUCAAAGCUGAUCUGGAAGGAGAAGCGAAUAACGAAAAUGAGCGCAGCCUACGUUGUUAUGACAACCCUUUAAACAUAACAGACAAUAUCAAACUUUGA